CCUUUUUAUGAAGCAAUAGACCGUAAUGUUGAAUUGGCGAAAAGAUUCGGAUCUGCGCUCGUCGCAGAAGAAGCAAGAUUUGCCUGUCUGCUAGGCACCUGUUCACAACCUACCCAUGGUUCACAAUCUCAGACUCCUCCACCAUGGUUGAUAUCGGAGGUUCCACGGGAAACGUGUCCCUUGAACUCGCUUGAGCGCUUCCCGACUGGAAAUUGAAAUUCGUUGUCCAAGACAGGAAGGAAGUGAUAUCUUUGGUGGACCAAACGGCCGUGCUGGCAGACCUCAAAUCCGAGGUUAAAACAUCCGUUGAGUUCAUGGAACACGACUUCUUCAAACCACAGCCUGUGAAAUGCGCCGAUGUGUACUUGCCGAGACUCAUACUUCAUAAUUGGUCCAACAACGAUUGCUUGCAAAUUUUGCGGAAUUUAGUGCCAGCUCUAAAACAUGGGUCCAGGAUACUGGUGAAUGAGAUCGUCAUGCCUGAUUGGAGAGAAAUUGAAUGUAAAAAAGCAGAGUCGAACAUUCGGUAUAAUCCAUUCAAGCCUCUUCAGGAAGCACAUAGUAACACUAAUGGAUGAACCACAGACUGAUGGACAUAUUCAUGUUGAUGUUGUUCAAUUCUCAAGAACGUGACCUCAAGCGCUGGCAGGAGCUAUUCAUGAAAGCAGAUCCCAGAUACUGCUUCAACAGUAUUUAACGUAGCCCAGAGUCCCUUUUGUCCGUCAUCGAAUUUGUUUGGGGUGGCGAAGCUGAUAGUCAGAGGAUUACAUACAGCGACGGCAUAUCUCAAGAACACGCAAAAGAAGAGGCAGUGGAAUCAUUACUUGUUGAACGUGAAACUGAUUAUGGAGGUAAGUCUAUAGAAGCUCUGUUUGCGUUAUAGAACAAUGGGGUACAAUAUAUUUCGAAAAUAUGAUAUGCGUAUGCGUUAGCAAGUAAGGGAACUUGUUCUAUAGAAAAUCAAGAGUUACCCCAUGACAGGUAUAUAUUUAGACCAUGAUUUGCCAAUUCAAGGGUGGUGAUAGGAACCGUACUAGAGUCUUACGAUGCUGUAGCUUUUAGCGCUAGAACUUUCAAUUAGCGGAGAACGUCUUUGGCUCGCGACGACAACAGAACAUGCAAUAUAUAUAGUGGCGAAU